AAUUUAAAACCGUGUAUAUCCAUAAGAGUGAUUUUAUUGAAAAGAGCGCAGCCAAGGCAGAGCAUAAAGGAGAGGAGACAGCAAAACCCUUUCUUUCUCUCUUCAGAGGUUUAGAAGAUAAAUACAUAAUAUUCAUUCAUAUUCAUAUGACAGAGAGUGUUGCAGUUGCAAUAGGAAUAUCGUAUAUUACAAAUGCUUGAAAGAAGAAGUAAUGCAGAAAGUGAUACACCGCUCAACUUGUUCACUUCCCAUUCCUAUUCUCACUCUCUCCGCUACUUGUAUCCCUCUCUUAACUAAACCCUCUCACUUUACAACAAUGGCUUCAUCAUCGCCGUCUAAUUCUGCUGCUCUUUCAUUUUCUCUCAAAAAUACCCUCUAUUCUUCCUCUUCUUCUUUUCGCUACUCCAAGGUUUGUUAUGUUCGUAGAUGUUUUUGCCCAACUCUAACCCUAACACGCCACACCACUACUAUCAUUAACAAAACCCUUCCUUGCCUUCUCAAUAACAACUCUUCAAAUUCCUUACAAUCCUCUUCUUCUUCUUCUUCUCAUGACACUGAAGAUGAACAACAACAGGGUACCACAGGGGAUAACUCCACCUCCUCUUCUUCUUCUUCCACUGCCACCUUCAGACUUAAUAGGAGGCAAAAGGCUUCUUCUUCUUCUUCUCCCAUUUCAUCUUCUAAUCCUGAUUUGUUGGCUAUUCCUGGUGUGGGUCCCAGAAAUUUCAAAAAACUCGUUCGGAAAGGUAUUGAAGGUGUCGCUCAACUCAAACAACUUUACAAAGAUAAGUUCUUUGGAAAAUCUAGUGACCAGAUGGUUGAGUAUCUGCGGAGCUCUGUUGGAAUUAUUCACAAGAACCAUGCUGAAAGUAUAACUACUUUCAUUAAAAAGAGUGUUGAUGAAGAAUUAGAUGAUAGUUCCUCUGGGAAGCAGCCACUCCAGAAGAAGCGACUUACAUUCUGUGUUGAAGGUAAUAUCAGUGUUGGCAAAACUACCUUCCUUCAGAGAAUAGCCAAUGAAACUAUUGAACUGCGUGAUCUUGUUGAGGUGGUUCCUGAACCCAUUGGCAAGUGGCAGGAUGUUGGACCUGACCACUUCAAUAUCUUGGAUGCUUUUUAUGCUGAGCCCCAGAGGUAUGCCUACACCUUUCAGAACUACGUCUUUGUUACUAGGGUGAUGCAGGAAAGAGAGUCUUCUAUUGGAGUCAAACCUCUUCGAUUGAUGGAGAGGAGUGUUUUCAGUGACAGGAUGGUUUUUGUACGAGCUGUUCAUGAAGCCAAUUGGAUGAAUGAGAUGGAGAUCAGCAUUUAUGACUCUUGGUUUGAUCCUGUUGUGUCCUCCUUGCCUGGCCUUAUUCCUGAUGGUUUUAUCUAUCUCAGAGCAAGUCCUGAUACUUGCCAUAAGAGAAUGAAGUUAAGGAAGAGAGAUGAAGAAGGUGGAGUCAGCCUAGAAUAUCUCCGCGGCCUACACGAAAAGCAUGAGAGCUGGUUAUUCCCCUUCCAAAGUGGUAAUCAUGGAGUAUUAUCGGUCAAUAAGCUUCCCCAUCAUGUCGAUAACUCUUUACACCCUGAUAUAAGAGACCGUGUAUUUUAUCUGGAGGGCGACCACAUGCAUUCCAGCAUUCAGAAGGUUCCUGCAUUGAUUCUGGACUGUGAACCCAAUAUUGAUUUCACCAAGGAUAUUGAAGCCAAGAGGGAAUAUGCGCGCCAAGUUGCAGAGUUUUUUGAGUUUGUCAAGAAACAGCAAGUUCAAUCCGGGGAAGGUGAGAAAAAUAGCCAGGGACAACCACAGGUGCUGCUACCUCAUGAAGGUAACCUGUGGCUACCAGGUGGAAAAGCUUUUCCUCGUCCCCCCUUGGACUUCAGAAGGGCAAUGUCAUUUAUGUCUGGUAGUGGCUGAUGAGAUAAACCUUGUGAUUGGGAUCAAGAUAUACUAGUAGCCCCUAGUUUAUGUGUUCGUCUUUUUUUGCAUGUAAAGAAAGAUUUUAUCCCGAACCUUGAUUGAUGUAAAUUUGGUAGUUAUUUAUGGUUGUCAAAUACUGAUAGUUGCUACUAAUCUACUAGAGUACUACACUAGUUUGUAUUUUUUGGGUUACAAAGAUGGUUUUUCUACUAUUGUCUUUGUUGGUUACAAAGGGUGUUGUUUAUAGACUCUUCUCUCUGACCCAACAAGCUAGUCGUUGGGGUUGGGCUGUAUAAGGCAAAUAUUUUCGAACCGGGUCUCAAUCAAUGGCCAAAUAUGAAGUUAAGGACGAGUUGAAACAA